GUUUGCGCGGAAAGCCGGACGUCAACAGCGCAGUUGAAAUGUAAACACACAAGUUUUGUGUGGCCCCUAAUUUAACGAAUUAUUCCGAAAAGAGCCAACAAUGAAGAGAAAUAAGGAACCAAUCGGACCUACGGCAAAAAGAGCCAAAGAAUCAAAUAAAAUCGCGCCGAAACUGUGGAAGCGUGAGGAGGUGCUUGUUCUUCUCGAUGUCUACGAAUCAGCACUGCUGCAAUUGAUCAAUCGUACGAUUGAAACCGAAGAUGAUUUGUGGAUUACGGUGUCGGAAAAUCUGUACGAUCAGGGCAUAGACGCUUCUGCAGUUCGUUGUCAAAGCAAAUGGAAUCUGCUGCAAAAAACCUACUUGGCUAACCCCGGCAUAAAAGGUGCUUUUUUCGUGAAAGUCAAACAAAUACUGGAUACAGCAGCCAGUGUAGAGGAACGUACCGUAGAAUCGUUGGAAGAAGAACUGAAGGAAGAAAUACGUCAAGAGGGGGCUGAGAACACAUGCAAGGAAGAACGGGUUGAAGAUGAGAUAGUAGCGGAAGAGAUCGUCAUGGAAUUUCCACACACCGAGGAACACACGACGAAUUCUUUAACCACCGAACGAGUCGCGGAAUUACUUGCAGGCGAAUCAGAAGCUGGCUUGCGACCGUUGAUCGAGCGAUUGUGUGGCAAAAUAGAUACACUUACCGAGAUGCAGCACCGGCAAGAGGCACGAUUGCGGGAGGUUUAUCAAAUGCAGCGCACUAAUGAAGAUCAUUUAUUGAAAAUUAAGAAACACCUUAAUAUAGCUUAA